GGGGCGGCCGCCUGCCCCCCGAGGCUCGACUACGGCGCCGCCGCGGACACCGACGCCGCCGCCGCCAUCAUCUGCUCCAUGUACAUCGUCUUCGGCGUCGUCUACAGCCUGCUCGGUUACCGCUGCUUCAAGGCCGUCAUGUUCCUGACGGGCUUCAUCUUCGGCUCGGUGAUCGUGUACCUCAUCUGCCUGCAGGAGAAGUUGCUGCCGGCCUACGGGAACGCUGGCGUGGCGCUGGCGGCGGGCCUGCUGUUCGGGCUGGUGACGAUGCUGGUGCAGUACGUGGGCCUGUUCAUGACGGGCCUGCACACGGGCCUCUUCUGCGCCGUGGCGGGGCUCGCCGUCGCCGACCAGCUGCUGGGCUGGGCGCCGCCCUCCGCCUGGGCCGCCGCCGCCUCGCUCCUCAUCGCCGGGCUCGUCUUCGCCGUGCUCAACCUCUACUGCCAGAAAGGUCUGACGGUGCUGGGCACGAGCGUGUACGGCGGCGCGAUCCUGGCGGGCUCGCUGGACUACUGGCUGCAGCGGCUGGCGACCGCGCGCUGGCUGUGGGCGCGCGUGGCCGGCGCCGCGCCGCCCGUGCCGCCGCCAUGCUGGCUGGGCUGGCUCGUGCUGGCGCUCUGGCCCGCCGUCGCGCUCGUCGGCGUCGCGACGCAGUGCGCCGUCACCGGCCGCGGCCUGCACCACCGCACGCACCCAGCAUAUCUGAAACAGCAUCACCAUGCCGGAGGGCCAGGAAUGCGCAGUGGCGGUCCAGCAGGGCAAGUGCCUCGUACACGUGAGCAAAGGGCAGAAAUGAGGCAAAACAAGUAUCGGUACCUCUAUCAGGUACGGACAGCACAUGGCGAUGUCAUUUGCCAGAGUUAUGUUCAGGCCUUACAGCGCCGUGUCCUUGGUGACACCAGUUGUGGCACUUUACGUUCUGACAGCACAAGGCUCACCGUUCUGCCACCAGCAUCAUCAGCAGGGCAACCACUCACUGAAUCAGAGGGUGAAGGAGACACAGAUGACCUACGUUGACUUUCUGAUUAUGUGACAGUCCAGAUAUUGCAUCUGAAAUUUGUGUUCUUUCUUUUAGAAUAUUAGGGCAGGAAGAGAUUUCCGACUGCUAAUUAUCUGUAGAUUUCUGUUCAAGUGAAUAUAUUUUCACAUAUCAAUCACCUUAAAGCAUUUAUGUGUUGCUAUUUUCAAAACAUUUAUUGUAUUUUGAUCAAAAUUUGUAAAAAGUUUGCUCAUCAGUUGAAAAAAGUAUAGUUAUCUGAAAAUGAUAGCGUCAUUGUAGCACUUGAAGCUAGUGUUUCUAUGUGCCCUACUUACAACAAUACCCCACAAACUGUAAGAGAUCAAACUGUAGAUACUGAGAGAGAGAAAAGUGGAACCUAUUCUGUCCAUUUGACUUAAAUGUGAUCAUUUGUCUGGCUACUUCAAACAAAUGUACUGAACAAUUGCUCAUGUUUUGCGGAAUAGUCCAUUUACAUCCAGUCCAGUCACUUACUUAAGUAUGAAUAUGCAAUCAAUGCUGAAAUAUUUCUAUAUAAUCUGUUUUAAGAGACAUUCGAGAUCAUGUUUAAUUAAUGUAAGGAAUUUUGUUGUUUGUAUACUAUGCCGUAUGAAAUUUUUUUGACACAAUAAACAGAAAACAAUAUUUCCAACUUACAAGUUUUAUGUGCGAAGAUGUUAAAAGAGGCUGUGCAGUCACAGACAAACAAUAAAAGUAUAAUAAUAUGUCAUCAAAUAACUGUAGCAGCUAUAUGUGCAAGACAAGAAAUACCAGAAUGUAUACCUGUGCAAGCAACACUUAUAAAAAGGCAGGGAUGAUAACCUUGGAUAAAACAUCCUGACAGCCAAAUUAAAAAGACACAAUGACUCUCUAUUGUACAUGCUUCUAUGCAGGCAAAAUCUACACAGAGGCAACACAGAGUAUCGUUGUUGAGGUUUUUGUGGUCAUUUGUUGACACAAUAGCCUAUUGGCUUUUAUUUCAGGAUUUUUGGGUAACAUUUGUUUCAUGAUUUUCCUGAAGUUUUGCCAGAAGGAGUUGCUGGUGUUGCCAAAGGUUCACUCUCCACUAAUAGUAAAGGACUGGAGUCGAGACAGCACCCAGAGAUUAUAUGUACCUUUGUGCCAACAUCUGAGGGAAUUUCCCUGAUUGUUACCACUGGGGUUCUCCCUUUGCCACCUGCUACAGCUGUCUACUGCAGCAUGGGAAUACAUGAACUGUUUACUUUGAAUCUUUCUUCCUUUUUCAGUGAAAAAUAAAAGCAAGCUUCAAUAUAAAAGAUCCCAGAUUCCAGUGAAUGAUCACUGCAUGUAGUAAGGGGAGAAACACAGUGGUAAUGACCAGGAAAAAGCCCUCAUAUGUUAGUGUGACAGGUACAUAUAAUCCAUAACUGCAGACUCAACUCCAGUCCGCCACCAGCAGUCACUCCUAUGAUGAAACCUCCAGAAAAUCACCAAACAGACAUCAGUCAAAGAUCUCAAGACAGAAGUCCACAGGCAAUAUGUUACAGCAUCUCAUUUUUGAAAGGGAAAAUCUAGUUCUGCUAAGUUCCCCAAAUUUUAUGAAACAACUGUCUCUGAUGAAAGAGCCACUCUCUUUUGUUGGAACUAAUUCUUCUUCUAUAACUUGAGCAUUGUUAAGAUUAUCCACAGCUACCACAGUAAACACCUGUUUAAUGACUGUAUAAAUCAUAUGCAUUAUAACCUACUAUCUUUCUUUUCUAACACUAGUAACAGCUGAUUCCUUCUUUUUAUGUCACUGGAAUAUUCAGAUUUGGUGUGUAGAAUGGUUCCAAUUGAAUUUAGCUACCUCUUGGAGGAGAGUUAUAUUUUAAUAUUACUUACCACCAUACAAGUUGCAAACAGUUACAAAAGAGCAGUAAUUUUCACUUUUCUUCAUUCUACAACAUAUGUUUUGUUGUGAGAGAAUAAUGUGCAGGCAUUCACUAUUGCCAUUGAUUCUUUCAUAAAACAACAGUCUCCAAUUCCACAGCCAAAGGAAUCAGUGGAUAUAACAAUCACUUGAAACUAAGUUCAAACAUGACUUUCUGGAAAACUAAUACAGCACAAUAUUGUUAAAUCACUCUAGAUCCCUAGCUGUUUAUAUGUUGUCUAUAUGCCAGAGUCCAGCAAACUCCAGUAAGUAUACCAUUUAUAUUAAAUGAUGGAGUUUUGCUGUACAUCUAGACUAUCAUUGAUCUGUCCAUGUGAAAUAAACUUGAAGUAGACAUCCAGAGGUUGAAGCUAUGUGAUAGAUUUCAUAGGCAUUACAUCUUAAUGUGUUUCCUUCUCUCUUUCACAUGUGAGAUCAAUUAUGCAUGCUUGUGCACUAGUGCCCAAGCAAGACACAGUUGCUUCAAAUCUGAUAGCACGAAAUUUUUCACAGCCAAUAUUUAGCUGACAAGCAGAUAAUGUGUCUCAUGGGGUGAAGGCAUGUAACAGAGUUGGUGGUAAUCCAUCUGUGGCAUAGAGGCAUUAAAACCUGGAGGCCCUCUUGGUACUAUUCAACUGAAUUAGGCUACAUUCUAGUACUGUAUACGCUCCUCUGUUUCAUCAUCAUCAUCAUCAUCAUCAUCAUCAUCAUCAACAACAACAGCACCAUCACCACCACUAAGAACAUAAUCAUGACACUAAACUCAGCACUGAAAAAGCAUAUAAGACUCAACAUCCACACUUCAUGAAGAAAAUAUGUCAUUCUGUGUAAAGAAAUAAAACUUUCCACUUAGGUGGCAAACCCAUUCUCUCAGGGUGUUCUAGCUGACAAUAUCAUACGUUAUUAGCUUUUGACUGUCUUACAGAGAGAGAGAAAAAAAAUUGGGCUAUAUUUAACAAAACAUUCUAGUUAUGGAUCACAAAUCAAUGACAGAAUGACUUCAUUGGUAUAGAAAUGGGCCCAAAUCAGUAACAUGUCGUUAAAUGACAUUCGUGGUCCUAUCAAGCCCAAAAGAUUUUGGGAACAUCAUAAUUUAGUUUCCUAAUAGAAAUAUUUGAAUCUCAUAUUUCCAUUUCAAAUGGACAGAACUGCAUUUAUUUCUCAGAUCUUCCUAACAGAAUAAAUAUAAAAAAAUUAAUGAAAAAUGCCACAGUAAACAAAUUUAUAUUCUGAUACCAAUGAGAGAAAGUAGGUAAGAGGGGAAAGCAAAUGGUAUUUCCAAGUCACUAAGGAACAACCAAAGGCAAUAAAAAAUUUAAAAAAUUGGAAAAAAUAGAUCCUUCAGGCCUUAGGUUAGAAUGACUGGAAUACAAAUGAUGAUCAAGUGGCUAACAUGUGGAACUGAAACAAUAAUAAAAGUCAUCAAGUACCAUCAGAGAAAAAUGGCAAUAAAGACGCAACAAGCAUUAAAAAGAAUAAAACAAUUCCUAACUUGAUACUAACAGUAUGCUCAACAGCAGUAAGGGUGUCAUAUUAACAAUAUCCACAGUGUUUAUCAACUCACCAUGAAUGCUAAUCAUCAUCAUAAUAUCUGCAAAACUUGCAAUAAAAAAUAAGUUGUAAAUGUACCACACAAUUGAUGUAAUAUAUAAAUUUCACAAUUUACUCUCUGACAAAGAAACUACUUAUUCUCCAAUAUUUUCCUUGCUAACAUCUUUAUUACUGUUAAAAUCCACAAUUAACUACAGUAAUUGACUGAAAUCUGUCCAUUGCCUUUCACGUAUUUACGACACUAUCUGGACUAACAUUUCCAGUUCACAUUCCUUCUAGCAACAGCCUUUCUCCAUUUGUUAGCCUUUGAGAGAGAUGCCUAUAAUCAGGGCCAGUUUAAAGCCCAAGCAACACAAGCUGCUGCUUGAGGCAGCAAACGGAGACAGGCACCAGAGGCAUCACCCAACUGAAACGUUACUGUACAGUGCCUAUGGUGAAUGUGUAUGAGGGAAGUGAGGGCAUCAAACGAUAAGCUGCUUGUGCUGAAAAAUAAACACACACACACUUUCUGCUGGAACCCUAUUUUUUAAAUUUUUGUUCUCAGCAUAAUGAUCCACCUUAAGUUUUCAUGUACCAUUGCUUCUCUAACAUAACCUUUUACUUCACUCAAAGUUCCUGUUGAGAAGUUUCUGUUUCUGGUGACACAUAAAGUCAUUAGGCACUGAGUGGUUAACUGUGAUCCAAAUUUAUCUGCCCAGUAGAUAACUGGCUAAUUUAUUUCCAAAUAUUGUGCGUUACCUUAAUGUGUGACACUGAGAUAUUGUGUACAAAACACUUUUAAUUCAGUAAUAUUGAUGUCAACUGUUUAAUGCUCUUAAGCAUUACUAAGAUCUUCAUGUUAUAUGAUUAUCUGCAAUGUUUUCCCUGAAAACAGUCAAGUCUAGAACAUGUGUCAUUACUUGACACAGUGAAAUAUUCCCAUGUAUCUACAUCCAAGAAUUAUAAUGUACUGUAACAAAAUGUCCAUACAUAUAAUGCACUUCAUUCCAGAGAGUAGUAAUGUAAUAUAACAUAUGUUUUUCAAAUGAGUGCAUUUCUUUAACAGCUUCUGAAACAAAUGAAUGACUUCUGGUUACAAGCUUUGGAGAUGAAGUGAUCACCACAAACCUCUUAUUGAUAAUAAAUAUAUAUAUAUGUUUAUGUUCUUUUAUUACUUUUGUGCAGUGCACAGAAUGUUCAGUAUUUUGUGUAAAUAUAUAGCACUGUCAUAUAUGUAAAAGAUGGGUUUUCUUGCUAUCUUCUGAAAUACUACUAACUAGGAUUGAAGUGAAACUGUUGAACAACAGGUUGUUUUGUUCAGUAAUUUUCAUUUGCAGCAGAUGUGUUCCAUAAUUCUCAUUAUUAGCAUGAAGGGACAAAAAUGCACAAAUAAUGUAAAUUUGUAAGAUUAUUGAUUCCCACAUGAAAAUGUGACUCACUGUGUGACAAUAUUUAAUGUGAAAUAUACAAAUUCAACUGGAAGGUAAUUAGCAUUUUCAUAAUUUUUUAAAUCAUAUCAGAAGUGACAACAGUGGCAUUCAGUAGCUACGUGCAGUACUUGUCACAGAAUGCUAAACACAUUUCUGUUUACAAACUGAUACAAUAUUUCAGUGCUGAGCAACUAAAAAUUAUGGAUGUGUGUGUACUAGUGUAACAAGAAAAUUACAAAUUAAAAUUGUACCUUGUAAGUACACAGUAACUUCUAUCUUAUUUCACUGGAUUAAGCUACCCAUUUGAUGUAAAUAUUAAAAUAAAUUUACUUUAGACAAUA